AACAACGGACUGGAAACGAACCACGGCAUGAAGAGUUUGUACUGAUUUUUAGUUGGCUUAGUUCUGACAGAACUAAUGAUUGAUUUUGGUUACUACCCCGGCACUGAUGAACUCAUAACAAGACCACCUUGACCAACCUUCUCUGCAAUUACUUUUGGAGAAAAUGGACGUCUUGACAAACAUCUUGAAGAUUGUGAUCAGCUUCAUCGGAGCUCUGAUCAGCCCGAGUACACCCGAGAAACAGUACUUCAGCCCCCCUACCGGCUACAUCGAAACCUUUUGCAAAUUCGGUUACGGUUUCCUGGUAUCGACAUUCUACAACCUCAUGAUGAUCUUGACUUGUUGCUACUACGCAUUCAAGGCCCGCCGGGUACCAAGCAACUACAACGAAUCCAAGUUCAUCGCGUUGAGUGUUUAUUCCACACUUGUUUUCGGCAUGGCAGCGGUGCCCGUCUACAUCACUGCUGUGUACACACUGCAGAAGGUAGCAACGUUCUGUCUUGCGUUACUCCUGAACGCGUUCUUGACGCUCUUUUGUGUCUAUCUGCCCAAACUGUACGCCAUACGGUUUGAUGUCGAGGUAGAACUGUGUGAGUGGAAGGCGAGCACGUCUGUUUCUGCCGCGGUCUCUACUACAGUGCCAAUAUCCCAGUAGAGAAACCUGUGCGAAAUUUCAUGGCUCUGCUUACCGUAAGCAAAGAAUCGGCGCUUACGGAAGCAGGAAAUUAUCGGAGUACGUCAAGCGUAUUCAACGGGUUAACAAUUAUUUUUUGCGAGUGCGCGCGUUAUCUCAAGGGUACCAGGCACUCUGACGCAACUAAAAUUCGACGCUUGCACGGUAAGCGGAGUAUGGUGAUGCGAUGAAUUCAGCGGUAGGCAGAGCCAUGAAGUUAGGCCCCAGUUAAACCAACAGCAAGCCUAAAUACGCCCUCUACUGCCGGUGUCGCAUGCAAUUAUGUCCUCUAUGGAAUACUAUCCGGAGGACAUUAAUGCAUAGGAUUAAUGUCCGCCGGACGGUUUUGCAUAUGCAAUCGUGUCCGCCAGGACGCUGCUGCACAAUGCAAUUGUGUCAGCCCGGACACAUUCAUAUGCAGUUGUGUCCACCCCGUGCAAAACCGUCCUUGCAGUAAGUUAAACGCCCUUGGUCGACAGAACAUGUUCGCAAUUUGUUUUACGAGCUAAGUGCAUGUCAUGAAUGACAUAGGAAUUGUUCGGCAGUUGGGUAUUCGCUGCAAUCAUAAAAUACGUGAAUAUUCAUGCAGCAAAUAGUACGUAGUUUCGGUGCAUGCACGCUCGCUUACGCGCACACAUACAUGUAUACUCAUGUAAAUGUCCGCCAGACAGUUUUUGCAUAGCUCCGGACACGAUUGCAUAUUUAAAAGUAUCCGGAGCGGACAGUAUUGCAUGGCGGACACAAUUGCAUCUGACACCGGUAUACGAGUUGACGAUGUCGGAUCCGUCUCGUCCAAACUUAGGCCCUUUUCGAAACCGCGGCUUCGGCUUUGGAUUAGGCUUCAGGCUCCGUCCUCUCGUCUGAAGCCCAGAGCAACAUACGUAAAGCACGCGCAAUAUUGUCAUAACAACCAUGGGGCCAAGCUAUAGCCUGAGACGAAAAGUUUUCAUAACACCGAUACAAUUAAUAGCACUGUAGUGGCCGUUGGGAUCAAAUAACCAAACCUCAACACAAAGUCUUGAAAUACUGUUACGCACAUUGUUCUUGUUGACAAAGUAACUCAACAUCGAAUUACAAGUCAUAUUCACUGGCUUUAAAGUGAAGGUACACGUUUGGUAAUUACUCAAAACAAAUUUUAACUUAAAAACUGACUUGGUAACGAGCA